UGAAGAUGGACGUCUUCGGAGUUCUUGCAGUUAAAUUUUAUGUUGUUUUGGUUUUAUUUUUGAGCAACUCAAGGGGAUCUUUUGGACAUGAAGACGAGUUUCGACGCAAUGUGUCUAUGGAGCUGAACCCAGGUCUGACAAAACCAUCCGCAGGAGUUGAUUUGCUUCAUGUGAGGGCAGUGGGUCCAAACGAUACACUCCACUACUUUUUCUGUAGCCAGGCAGCGCCUGCUUUGAUCCUGGUGCACACCAACUCCCCUUCUUCUAGUGUGGACAUACAGUGGGACGCCAUUUUGGCUGGCAAUUUUUCAGGUGGCCUGAAAGUGUUGCCAGAGAGCAGCAUACAGUUCAGCAGUGCAGUAGUGUUCACUAGGCUGUGGGAGUACAAUGAUGUAAAUGAUACGGGAGACCCGCGCGACCCUUCCAGCUUCUUCCCUCCAUACGAACUGCAGGGAUUCAGCUGGAGUGAUCUCAAUGCCACCGUUGACUUUGUCAACCUCUCCGCCACUCUCUGUGGCCAAAACAACUCUGACAGUUUCCGGAACGGCUCCCUCUGUCUGUCUUUCUCUGCAUUUGGAUCCAAAGGCAGAGACAGCAUGUGGCCAGGCCUCCUGCACACGGCCAACUCCUCCAAGCUCCGCGUCUGGCUGGACGACGUGGCCCCGCGCUCCAACCUGUCCCGCUUCGCCCUGGAGCUGCAGUCUGUGAGCAGCGGCCAACAGCGAGAUCAUGUGGACGUGCUGAAGUCUAUUGAUGACGAAUACACACCAUCCAUAUUUAAGGUGUCUCAGUGGGUCUCUGUGGCUCCAGGAAAUGACUCCUCAGACAUCCUGGGGUACACCCAGUGGAAACCGGUGGCCUAUCGCACAGCGCACCCAAAAUUUGAGGAGGCUACUCCCUGUCACCAUUCAAGUCCCGUUAUUCUCUCCGAGUUGCCGCCGUCUGGCUGGGUGAAGGCUUUCUUCGAUGAUGGACUCCAUACGUCUGCCCUAAACCUUUCUUUCAGUAUUGGAGGUGAUCCCUUCUACAACACCACCAACUACCUCAGCUGGUCUAUGUUGGUGGGAUGGGGCGCUCCGCCACAGGACUCCUUCUCCCCUCUGGUGAUGAUCAUCAUGGCCGUGGGUUUGGGCACUCCCCUCGCUCUUAUCCUCUUUGGCGGAGUUUUUGCCUGCGUCUUCAAAAGCCGCCGCCAACCACAAGGUUACGAGCCAAUCAAUUAAGACUGUUGUUCAUCUGAAGACAAUCAGGACUUUUGCACGCUUACACACACACACACACACACACACACACACACACACACACACACACACACACACACACACACACACACACACACACAUACACAGACUUUUUUCGAGUGUUUUUAGGGAGUUGAACUUUUGGGUCGUUCCUGUGCAUAAAUGUUGUUUUUUACCUUGCAAUAAGUAAGGAUCUGUGAUGGCACAUUCGGUAACAGGUGGUUAUAAAUGUGUAUGCAAAUGGUCACAAUUUAUCCAAAGAAUUUAGUUCUAAGCAACUGGACGACUUGUUGCAGCUUGGAAGUUGUUUCAUUCCUCAUGCGAGGACCCAUAUCAGUUCCACUCCCUUGAUAAAUGUGUUUUUUUUUUAAAGAUUUUUUUUUGGUCUUUUACGGCUUCAUUGAUGACGGGACAGUUUGAGAGGUGGACAGGAAGCGAAUGGAGAGAGAGAUGGGGUGGGGUCGGCAAAUGAGCCGUGCCGGUAAUCGAACCCGGAUCGGCUGCAUGGCAGACGAGCGCCCUACCAGUUGGCCACGGCAGGGCCUGAUAAAUAUGUUAUGGUGUCGUUAUUGUUACACCUGCCAUGACAAAUGUUAUGGUGUCGUUAUCAGUGUUGCCAGAUGGAAAAUGCUGUAUCAUCGUACCAAAACCUCAAAAUUAUCGUUUUUGGGUGGAAAUUGUCGUACAAGACCCAAAUUGUUGUUUCAAGGCAUCUAAAUGAACUGAAGGACAACUCUGAAAUUAUCGUACAUCUUGUUUUUUUGAUCGCACAGAGGACAAAAUGGACAAAAUGAUGGUACAAAUACGAUAAUUAUCGUACAUCUGGCAACACUGGUCGUUAUUGUUACACCUCCCAUGACGACUGUUAUGGCGUCGCUAUUGUUACACAGGGUUCCCACGGGUCAUGGAAUUUCUGGAAUAUCAUGGAAUUUCAUAAAAGUUUUUCCAGUCAUGGAAAGUCAUGGAAUUUUGCCAUUUUGCAUGCACAGUCAUGGAAGAUCAUGGAAUUUUCUUAACAGUUGUGUAGAAGCAAAAACUUUUUUUGUUUUGUGUAUAACAUUUUUUCUUACUGGUUAUACUACAACGCUUAGUUUGGUUUCACGCUGUAAUGUGCAACAUUCUAGGAUGCAAUGAGCACUCUUUAGUCUGGCGGUAGCUCGCCCUCAGUUCUAGAGGUGAAAAUAAUCUUCAGUUUUCACACUUUUUAAAACUUAGCGCUAUUUAUUUUCAUGGAAGUGGUCAUGGCAAUUCUGUGUUUUGGGUCUGGAAAGUCAUGGAAAAUCAUGGAAUUUUAUAUCUGAAUUAGAGUGGGAACCCUGGUUACACCUCCCUAGAAGAGAGAUGACUGCUUCUGAUGGUGAUGAACAGUCAAACCCGUCACAUGUCAAGGUGGGAGUUGUGGUCACCACCCCUAUCUAGAGAAGACUGCUGCUGGGAGAUUGAUCAGCAGUUAAAUAUCCUAAAGUAGGAUGUCAAUGGAGAAUUAGAACAGACUGUCAUCAUGCAACGGUGUAUUUAUUUCACGCAAGUGCAUUCCGUGUUGAGGUGUAACGCUUUUAAAAGUUAAGUUGUGCUCCUUAACGCUGCGGGAAAGCACUUUUGUCUUGUGACAAGGUUUGCACAUGCCUAAACUUAACCUGUCACAGGGUGUUGUGGUGCACGAGUUAACAUGCUAAGGCGAUAGACGGUUCAAGUCGUCAUGUUAUCUUAACGCUCUGGUAUGAUGACCUGUUGAUGAGAGAGAGAAGAUAGCAGACGUUAGCUGAUAGAGAGAUGUGACUGUUCGUUUCUUCACAUCUUUGUAGAGGGAGUGGAAAGUCAUUCUCAUAGAGGUCCUUUCAGUUGGCGGCCAUUUUGGUGAUUAUGCCCUCCGGCAUCUUUUUUGGGUCAGUAAGACUAGACUGUGUCAAAACAAAUGGGGAAACGCCAGAAAUGCAAAUGCAGAAAUGCUUCAAGCAACUAGUGGUUGCGAAAUUCAUAUAGUUCAAACCAUAGUGAAAAGUAGAUUUUUUUUUCUACGUGUGUAGUUGGUCCGCAUGAAUCGAAAUAAAUCUUUAAAAGCCAA